AUGACAGUUCAAAAUUAUGGUCUUGGUUUGUCCACUGAUGCAUCUGUCUCUGGUGGAAUGGACAAGGAGACAUCCCUAGCAUGGAUCAUAUGUGGAAACGGUCUCUUAUCAUCUACUGCUUCAAGAAAAUGUAUCAACAUUGACCUAACGUCUGUUAAAGAAGAUAUUUUUGGAGACGUGAGCAGCAGCUCAUUUGAACCUAACAAUUGGUUAGUCCGUUUUGUCAACUGGGAUAGCUUGAAGAAAGCUGGUAGCAUCACUGUCCAACAGCUCAAUUCAGCUGGGAUUAUAUUGUGUAACAAAAAAACUGGUGCUCUACUUUUCUGGCCAGAUAUCUCAAAUGCUGAUAGGAUGCUUCCAUUCACGUCUCGUGCCUUUUCCGACAAGCUUGGCAAUAAUGCUGCAAAAUCAUUUUAUAUUAACUCUUUGAUAACUUCACCUGUCUCGUCUACCAACAAAAGUUGUAUCGCACUUGCAUGUAUUUCUAAUGGUGAACUUUGGAGAUUCUUCUGUAGCCCUUCUGGUAUUCAGCUUGAACAGAUUGAGCUUGGCAUGUCAAAUAAAUUAUCUGAAGGAAAUGAUAACGGUUCAUCUGUGGCAAGUAAAGGCUAUCCCAGGUCACUGAUUUGGCAGUUUUCUAGUCAUUCAUCGGAUGACACUACAAAACAGUUCCUUCUGCUAACUAAUCACGAGAUACAGUGCUAUGCAAUAAAGCUUUCCUCUGAUUUAGAUGUGGUAAAGCUUUGGUUUCAUGAAAUCGUCGGGGUUGAUGGUGAUUUGAAUAUACAGAAAAACCUUGGCGGCCAAAAGAGGAUUUGGCCUCUAGAUUUGGCUGUUGAUAGUGAUGGCAAGGUAAUAACUGUUCUAAUUGCCAUCUUCUGCGAGGAUCGGGUGACCAGUUCAAGCUACAGUGAGUAUUCCCUUCUGACCAUGCAAUACAAAUCUGGAGUAGAUAUAACGAAGCCAAUAGGCAAACAAAUACUGGAGAAAAAGGCCCCUAACCAAGUUAUUAUACCUAAAGUGAUGGUACUGCAACAGUUUCUAACUAUUUUAGAAACUGUACAAGGCUUGUCCAUUUUGAUUUGCCCAAAGAUGCUGGAAAAGUUCUUGAUGCUUCAGUAUUCCCUUUCCUUGAGGAAACUGAAGAUGGAACUUGGGUGCUCACUGAGAAAGCUGGAGUUUGGGUUGAACCACCCGAACGAAGCUUGUCACGAAAAUGGAGUUUUAAUGAUGGAUCUCUACAGGAGGAAAGGAGCAUUUCUGUUGCUAGAAACAUUGCUGCAAAAAGAGCCAGUACAGAAGCUUGAGCUUGGGAAGCAGGUUGAUGGUGUCCUCGAUAAAUUGAAAAAUUCAAGGGCUUUUGAAAGAGAGGGAAAGAUAAAUGUAUUUUCCAGGAUGAGCAAAUCAAUUGUUGACACCUUAGCUAAACCCUGGACGACAACCAGGGGAUCUGAGAUUCCUCUAUCUGUUGUGUCCACUCAACUAUUUGAUAAGCAACAAAAGCAUAAGAGGUUUCUUCAGUUCCUUGCUUUGUCCAAAUGCCAUGAGGAAUUGUACCACCGACAGAGACAAUCUAUGCAAAUUAUCAUGGAACAUGGGGAAAAGCUUGUCAGCAUGAUUCAACUGAGAGAACAUCUAAAUGCAAUUAGUCAUGCUACCGAGUCUGGGAUUGGCUCCUACUAUGACUCAGAUGCUCGGACUUCUGGAGCUCUAUGGGAUCUUAUCCAGUUAGUUGGUGAGAUGGCCCGCCGGAACAUAGUUCUUUUGAUGGAUAGGGAUAAUGCUGAAGUAUUCUAUAGUAAGGUCUCAGAGCUCGAGGACCUGUUUCAUUGCUUAGAGGGAAAGCUAGAACAUAUUAUCACCCAAAAUAUGCCUAUUACUCUGCAAUCUCAAAGAGCUUGUGAACUUGCAAAUGCAUGUGUUACAAUCUUCCGUGCAGCCGUUGACUAUAGGGCUGAUCACCACUUGUGGUACCCUCCACCCGAGGGAUUGACACCGUGGUAUUCAAAUUUUGUUGUGUGCAGUGGGCUGUGGAAUCUUGCAUCAUUCAUGCUUCAAUUGCUUAGUGGAACAGAACGGCUUAAAGUUUCUGUCGUACUUGAUUUUUACUCAAAUCUUGUAGUACUCUCAGAGAUACUACUCGAAUCAUAUUCUAAUUCUAUCACAGCAAAAGUCGAUUGGAAAGAAGAUCAUCGAAGUCUGUUAGAGGAGUACUCAAAAUGUAGAGAUACCCUUCUCGACUCCCUUUAUAAGCAAGUGAAAGAUUUCAUACAUGCAAAGUUACAGGAUUCACCUGAGUUAAAUGAGGAAUUGAAUAAGGAUACUCUGAUGACAUUUUCUUCGAAGUUAUUGUCAAUUGCAAAACGCCAUGAGGGCUAUCAGACUAUGUGGAACAUAUGCUGUGAUCUCAACGAUUUCGAACUCCUCCAUGAGUCUCAUGUGCAUGAAAACAUCGGACCAAAAGGAGGUUUCAGUUGCUUUGUAUUCAAACAACUCUAUGAUAGCAGACAAUUCUCAAAACUAAUGCGGCCGGGUGAAGAGUUUCUUGACGAGCUUGCUACAAUUCUGAGGCAGCAUCCCGAUCUUCUUUGGCUUCACGAGUUGUUUCUUCGUCAAUUUUCCUCAGCUUCUGAAACUUUACAUGCAUUAUCUAAUUUAUCUCUUCCUAAGGAUAAUAGAUCAGUUUCAGAUACUGAUGAGACUGAACCUAGUGGCCCACAACCUAAAUUAACUUUGGCUAGGAGAAAGCAUUUUUUGAAUCUCGCAAAACCAUCAGCUAUGGCAGAAGUUGGUGACGAGCUAAAGGUGAAGCGUAUUGAAGCUGAUCUGAAUUUUCUACAAGUACAGGAAGAAAUAAUGAGGCUUCUACACGAUGAUGAUGGGCUCAAGCAAAUUAUGGUGCAGCAGCUCCCCGGUCCGCUGGAUCUCAUCGAAAUGUGUCUUAGAAUAAAGAAGCGGGAGCUUUCUUUGCGACCCUUCGAUAUAUUCUUGUGGAUGAGUGCGUCCUAUCUCAGAAGCUACGCAAUUAUUUUGGGGGAGUGCUGGAGAAAUGCUGCAAGUCAAGAUGAUUGGGAGAGACUGUACGGCUUGUCUAUGACUGAGGGCUGGAGUGACGAAAGAACCUCUAAGGUUCUCGAGAAAACUGUACUUUUCCAUGCUGCCAGAAAAUGUUAUGGGCCCCGCUCAAAAAAUUUUAAUGUGAAAUUCGAAGAGGUGCUCCCGUUGAGGAAGGGAAGGAAUAUAGGCAUGUCUGUGGAAGAAGUCAUCAUGGAGCGCAAGGAUUAUCAUGGAGCGGGCAAGCUGAUGCUGACCGCUAUCCUGCUCGGGAGUGUUUGA